AAUAGGAUAUUAUACUUACGAAGGUGAGCAGCAUAGCCCACUACAGUGUUGAAUGUCGAAUUGGUAAACAGCAAUAUGCCAUUUCGUGUUGAACGUCUGCCCAUUAUGGAUCAUCGUACAUUAGGGAUACCCGAAGCACAAACUCGAGCGGUUGUCGUCUAUUGUCACUUUGAUAGUAUAGUUGAAAAUAGUAUAUUUAAUAUCAUUGCUCCUAGGAUUCCAAAAGUUCGGGAUAACAGUGACAAAUGAGUGUAAGACCGAAAUCAAAUUCUUUGGCUGCACGCAGUCGUGUUAACAGCACAAUUACUCCCGAGUGCAGCCAUCUCGGAAAAAGCAUCAAAAUAUCUUCAACCUUUGUAAUAGUUAUGAUCGCGAUUGGAAUGAUCUUGAUGAUCGCUGCUCUAAUAAUAAAUAGCGAAGAUGACGGAGGUCGCCCUGAAGACAAAGAAAGGAAACUCAAUGGUGUGACUAUAACUAGCGCAGUGGUAGUUGGACUGGCUUCCUUAGCUGCUAUAUGGCAGUUUUCAGUGGCAGCUAGGACUGUUCGGACGUGUCUGCUCAAAGAUGAAACGAUGUAAUUUCCAUUCUUACAAACGACCUUGGAUUGAGCUGAGAUACGAUAUGAAAAAGAUCACGGGACAGAAACAAGAUUUGCCUUAUUAAUCAGAUAUACAAUUGGUUAUAGAUAAUGUAUGAAGCAUUCCACGUCCGUCGAAUCGGCCACUUUUUGAGCCACCCCCAUCGAUUUCCUUAAAUCUUUUUCUUGUAUUUUUAGAUUAUGUGGAAAACUUUCAUAAAUUGUUUCAAUUUUUAUUUUUU